UUAUUCAGCAAUGUUUUGCACAAGAAAUGUCGGCCAGAAAGGGCGAUCUUCACCCGUCGUCCAAUUUUAGCACAGCCAUGACAUGCCCCAACAACCAGGCUGCGAAUUCGUUUUUUGUGGACUCGCUAAUCAACGUGAGGGGCGACGGAGGGGCUUAUUACCACAGCAACGGCGUGUAUUUACCACCGGAAUACUCCUAUGGACUCCCUGGUGGAUCCUCCUGUUUCCCCGGGAUCGGUAAGCGCACCGAGGGCAGCUCGCAGAGCGGCAUGCCGCCUUCUGCACCCUAUGCUCCGGGGAUGGAGACAUGGCUGGAGGCGUCUCGGUCCUGUAGAGUGGAGCAGCCAAGCGGCCAACACAUGACCCAGCAGUGCUCCUUCUCUGCAGCCAUCAAAGAGGAAAACGCCUAUUGCCUUUAUGAGGCGGAUAAAUGCCCCAAAGGAGCCACAGUGGAGGACAUCGCCUUCUCCGGUGUGUCUUGUCCGACCACAGGCGGCAGCACCGUGCCGGUCCCCGGCUACUUCCGCCUCUCCCAGACGUACACAUCCUCCAGGCUUUACCACGACGCGCAGCCGAGCGUGAACAGCUUCCCACUGCAGAGACCACCCCGUGUGGACACGCAGCCCCCUCUUACCGCCCCGGCACCUUCCAGUGGAGCGGAGCCCGGACUGCGGGAGAGCCGAGAGGAGGCUCCCGCGUCUGAGCCAUGCAUCUCGGCUAGAGAGGAGGACAGCCGGCUCUCAUCCGAGGGCUCGUCCUCCCCGGAGCUUGUGGAGGCAUGCAGUAUGGAGUCUGUAGAAAAGCCCAUAAAAGAAGAUGGCAAAACUGAUAGUCCGGCCAACUGGCUGACUGCAAAGAGUGGCAGGAAGAAACGCUGCCCUUACACCAAGCACCAGACUCUGGAGCUGGAGAAGGAGUUCCUCUUCAACAUGUACUUGACAAGGGAGCGUCGCCUGGAGAUCAGCCGCAGCGUGCACCUCACCGACAGGCAAGUGAAAAUCUGGUUCCAGAACAGGAGGAUGAAACUGAAAAAAAUGAGCCGGGAAAAUCGGAUCCGGGAGCUGUCCGGCAGCUAUGGUUUCUCCUGAGACUUUUGACUGACACGUGACCUCCAUCCAUGGCUUAUACAAACUGUGACAAUGAACAGGACCCUAUACUGCUAACUUAUUCUUAAAUGUUUAUUAUUUCAGCUUUCAUUCGUCGUGGAAAUGUGUAUUUAUAAUUGCCUUUGUACCCCUUGUGUUUGAAAUGUACACCAUGUGGCCACAACG